AGCCACAGGGCUUAGCAGCAAAUGUGGCGUGGUGCAGCAGUUAAGUCCUGGUCCACGUUUUGCCCUGGCCUGACAGGGGUAGCUGUGCUUGGUCAGUGAUGUGUCAAUCUAGGAUAAAACCUGCUUUGUCUGGGUGAGUUCCUUCUGUUCACUGAGCACCUCUCGUACCUCGUGCAGGAGGGAAUAAAGCUGGCAGAACAGGGUCAGCAUGAGGCUGGGCUUGUACCUGCUCUUGCACCUUGCACAGCCAGGUACUUUCCUGCACGACUGGGCUGUCAGAGUGAUGUGCAUGGCUUAUGCACCAGCCGCAUCUUCCAUUCGGUGCCCAAAUGUUGCUGUACAAGUGAUCCUGCAACAGUGCUUAGGGGGCCCUGUAGCAUCACGCCCUUUUCCUGCAGAGAUGCUGAGACAUGGAUGAAAUCACACCCCCAGGCUGGUCAGCAGAUGUGGAGGACCUGAACGGUGGGAACCAAUAGCAACACUGAUGUACUGCAUAUCCAGUGCCCGCUGCUCCGUGGACUAACUCCCUUUCUCCAAAAUGCUCCUCCUUGCACAAGGAGCUGAUUUCCUUCUACCUUCGUGGGUUUUUGUUUCACAUGUCUAAUCCAUAUACUUUAUCUGCUCGGGGCUUGGUGACAGGGUGUAUGUGUGGUACUCCUCACCUAGGACACAUGUGCAGGGUGACUCAUGUUCACCUUGCCACCACCUUGCAGAGUUUGGGGAGUGCUGGUGGGCAACAGCUGGAGCUGUGUCUGCAGUGUGCUCCUACCUGCGUGGGCUCAGGGGCCUGGCUGCAUGAAACACAAGCUGCUGAUAUGCUGAAAUGGCAGGGCUUCACAAGGCCAGAAGACAUCAAGGCAAAGCCCCAGCCUUGAAUGGGCUUUGGAGCUGGUCUCAUGCAGCUGCUGCUGCCUGCUGUAGGCUGGCUCUGAUAAGUCUAGUACAGCAGGUUUGCCUGGAUGGGCACAGGUGGGACACAGCCAGGCUUUACUGCAUGUGCAGGGACUGCUGUGUGGCACCUGCGUGCUCCACAACCCCCUGGCAGGUGUACAAAAGCCCUUGCUGCCCUCCCGUACUGCAGCAUUCCCUGCAGCCCAGCUGCGCAAGGUGCUGUACGGUCCCAUCAGAUCUAACUGGCACCUCGCUACUUCAUGGCACUGCAGGUAUGGACCCUGCUCCUUGUCAUCUGUGUUACAGCUGCUCUGAUUGCUCCAGUCACUGCCUUUCACUCGUCUUCCCCUCGCUGCUCCCAAGGGAGGCUGUGUCACAGUAAAUUGGGCAAGGUUGCAUGGGUAAUUGCUUUUGUUAGACCAGCUAAUAGAGAAUGCAGAAAAAAUAGACGAGCCUUUGGGUGCACCAGCCCUUGUUCAGAGCGCUGCAGUGUGGCACAGCAAAGCAAGCGACCAGCUUGCUGCAUCGCACCCUUGGAUGAUGGUGGUGCUUCCUCUUCAGGAUCUGCCCGUGCCAGAGACACAGUGCUGGGAUGUUCUAAUGAGGCAGGGCUCUGUCUCGGAGCUCCAUUUUCCCUCAAACGCAGAGCACGCGUGGGCCAGUCACGUCAGGAACCGCUUCCAAACUUCUUUGGCUUGGGGAUGCCUUGGGAGUAAGGCUGGGUGCUGCAGAGGGGUGGGAAAGGGCCAUCCCUGGAUGGUGAUGUGGUGGCAUCAAGGGUGGGGGGCUGAGCCUGCUUGUGGAGGGCAGGAGAUACCCACUGGUUAUGGGACACUGUGAAAUGCCUGCUGACCACCCUGCUGCGAAGGACUGCCAUGGGCUGGAGGGUGCAGAGUCGUGCCGGGGGGGAGGCCAGCCCUUGAUUGUGACUGGCUGUGUAAUGUGGUGUCUCUGGGCCCUGUGAUGGGUGUUGCAGAGAGGAGGGGCUUUACGCCCGGUGAGUCUGGCAGCCUUUUGCAGUAACGGUCUGCUGUCUUUCCGCACGAGGCACCAGCUGUGCUGCAGCUGUGUCUCGCUGCACUGGCUCCCUUGGGAAAUGCCUUCUGGCAGGUGACUUCAGCAGCCACCCUGCAUGUUUGCCUGUGGCUGCUGAUUCUGAGGCGGCCCUGGCAGAGGCAGCACUCUCAGCACCGUUGGCAGCUCCCAGCCUGUGCUGUGGGGCAGUCAUUCUUGUCACAGCGAUGGAGCUGCAUGGAGAAGGGAGCAGCAACUUUCCUUAUAUUGCUUCUGUGAUGAGACAGCUGCAGGGGGGGCUCUGGUAUGUCCUGUCUUUCAUUCUCCCUGGUGGCAGCAGAGCCAGCUGGCCCCCAGCCUGCUGCUACCACAGGGCAUCCUUGGUGUGGUGUGGCUCAGGCGCUCAGCCUCCUGCGCUCCUGGUGGCAAAGGGCCCAAGGCAAAAGGUCGGAGUGUAAGACCUCAGGGAAAUCUCUCUGCUCCCCCCAUCAGAGGAGAGAUGGUCAGUGAUGCCUCCCCACUGUACCCCAGUACCCGGGGCACAGGGUAGUGGGGCAGGCUGUAUGUGCAUCGGUGCACCUGGAGGAAAUGGCCUAGCCUAGGGUGAAGGUGGGCGGUGGGUCGCGAUGCUUAGCUCUCGCCCUGCUUCUUCGAGCCCCCUCCCUGAAGCCCAGCUGCAGCAAAGCGAGCAACGCACAGAGCUGGAGUCCCUGAGCCCCCUGUGUGAUUUACAUACACCUCACCGGCGCCAGCGGCACAGCAACCUGGGUUCGUGUAGCACUGCAGACCCUCUCCGAAACAGCCUCCUUCCUUUGCUUCCUGCUAUGGUCCUGGGCUUCAUGGUCCUGCUCCUGGUGGGGACGGUGGGGACAGCUUCCAGGGCUCAGCCCGUGCUGACCCAGCCAUCCUCCAUCUUGGUGAUGCCUGGGCAGACCGCUCGGCUGUCCUGCACCCUGAGCCCCCAGUACAAUAUCAGUGAGUUCGGCAUCUCCUGGUACCAGCAGCGCCCGGGGCACUCCCUGCGCUAUCUGCUCUAUUAUAACUCUGAGCGAGACAAGCACAAGCCCGCCAAGAUUCCUGACCGCUUCUCUGCUACCAAAGACCUUGCCAGCAAUGCCUGCAUCCUCAUCAUCGCAUCUGCCUGCCAUGAAGACAAUGGCACCUAUUACUGCGCCCUGUCACAUGCCUUCAACUGGUUUUAGAAACGGGGAACAAAAGCUUUCUGCAUUUUCCCUUGCAACCCUGACGCAAAGCCCUCAACAGGGAGAAUGGCAGCCCGAGGAGGAAUGGAAAAAGACCCUCUUGUGUGCUUGAGCAAGCCCAGCAGCACGGCAUUGUGCCGUGAGGUGCAGCAACCUCCCCUUUGACCCCAAACGUACCCCAUGGAGCAUUAGACAGCCUGACGCAGUGCGAGACCUGCCAGGGCUCGGCCCAGGAACACAGAGGAGCAGGGAUCUCCUGCUGCGGUGGGAGGAUGGAGACCUCUGCUGUGGCCAGGCUCUCCUGGGCUCUUCCAGCACUCGGCACAGCGCAGGCUUGGUCCCAGCUUGGGCUUCUGCGCAGUUUGGCUCGCCUGAUAAUAAAGGUUAAUCCUUA